GCAUUUCCCAGAAGGCCGUGGUCGCCAUCUCGUUAGCCGGGCAACGGGUCGGUAGGGCGAACGCCUCAUCCUGGACUUUUUAAUUUCUCAGGGGGGAUGAGUGACGGUGGACAUAGGCCUUUGGCGGCACCGUCCGUAGGCUGCCUGGCCUGGUGGCGCUGGACGCGGAGACUAUGGAGCCAGCCAUACAGGUCUCCUUCCGGUCGCGGGGCGAAAAGCCGAGGCGCCGCGUUUCCUUUAACCACGGUGGGCGGGGCGAGGCGAAGCGACCCGCGUUGCUAUUGGCGGCGGUUGGGGGCGCGGAAACUGAACGGGACGCAACGGCAGCCGCUGCUUCCUCAGGCUCGUCCGGCGCCUUGGGCGCUCCCGGCCCCGCCAUGGCCGCGCCCUGCCCGGAGGACCCCUCGUUGGAGAGGCAUUUUAAGGGCCACCGAGAUGCAGUUACCUGUGUGGACUUCAGUCUCAACACAAAACAGCUGGCCAGCGGCUCCAUGGACUCGUGCCUCAUGGUGUGGCACAUGAAGCCCCAGUCACGCGCCUACCGCUUCGCCGGCCACAAGGAUGCUGUCACCUGCGUGAACUUCUCCCCUUCGGGACACCUCCUUGCCUCGGGCUCCCGCGACAAGACUGUCCGCAUCUGGGUACCCAACGUCAAAGGCGAGUCAACAGUGUUUCGUGCACAUACAGCCACAGUGAGGAGUGUCCAUUUCUGUAGUGAUGGCCAGUCCUUCGUGACAGCCUCCGACGACAAGACAGUAAAGGUGUGGUCGACUCAUCGCCAGAAAUUCCUGUUCUCCCUGAGCCAGCACAUCAACUGGGUCCGCUGUGCCAAGUUCUCCCCGGAUGGGCGGCUCAUCGUGUCCGCUGGUGACGACAAGACUGUCAAGCUGUGGGAUAAGACCAGCCGGGAGUGUGUCCACUCGUACUGUGAGCAUGGCGGCUUUGUCACCUACGUGGACUUCCACCCCAGCGGCACGUGCAUUGCCGCUGCCGGCAUGGACAGCACGGUGAAGGUGUGGGACGUCCGGACUCACCGGCUCUUGCAGCACUAUCAGCUGCACAGCGCAGCGGUGAACGCCCUCUCCUUCCACCCGUCGGGAAACUACCUGGUCACGGCCUCUAGCGACUCGACCCUGAAGAUCCUGGACCUCAUGGAGGGCCGGCUGCUCUACACACUCCAUGGGCAUCAGGGUCCAGCCACUGCUGUUGCCUUUUCAAGAACGGGGGAGUAUUUUGCUUCCGGAGGUUCCGAUGAACAAGUGAUGGUUUGGAAGAGUAACUUUGAUGUUGUCGAUUAUGGAGAAGUCCUGAGACUGCAGAGGCCUCCAGCCAGGCUGGCCAGCUCCUCCGGGACUCUGCCAGAAGUGGAUUCCCUCGUCCCACCAGACAGGGGCAGGAGUCAGGAGUCAAUGCAGAGCCAGCCCCAGGAGCCUGUCAGCAUGCCCCAAACGCUGACCAGCACACUGGAGCACAUCGUGGGCCAGCUGGAUGUCCUCACCCAGACAGUCUCCAUCCUGGAGCAGCGGUUGACGCUGACGGAAGACAAGCUGAAGCAGUGUCUGGAGAACCAGCAGCUAAUCAUGCAGAGAACGCUACCGUGAUCAGCGGGGGCAAGAAUCAAGAGCUUGGUCGAUUUGGGGGGCAGCAGGCCGGAGAUUUGUACUGGGGGACUUGGGUAAAUAAAUAAAGGGGAUUUAGCUCUGGGAA